UGGUUCGCCAUUUUGCUUUUCGCUUGAAGUCGGAGCAUGAAUCAACUGCCUUUCUAAAAAGCUCGAUUCCAGAAGAGGGAAUUUUAGUGGAUAAAUAGUUGCUUUUAAUUUUCAAAAUCAUGGUUGCUACAGCUGUUACAUCAUCGUUCUUUCCCGUAACUUCUUCCCCGGACUCCUCUGACUUGAAAAACAAGAAGCUUGGAAGUGGAUCUACUAACCUUGGAGGUAUCAAGUCGAAACAAUCCGCUUCUUCUGGAAGUUUGCAAGUCAAGGCAAAUGCUCAAGCCCCUCAUAAGAUAAAUGGUACGUCUGUUGUGACUUCUCCAGUUGAAAGUUUCAAGAAUGAAGAUGGUCCGAGUUCCCUUCCUGCGCGGACAUUUAUCAAUCAAUUACCUGAUUGGAGCAUGCUUCUUGCUGCUAUCACAACCAUGUUCCUGGCUGCUGAGAAGCAGUGGAUGAUGCUUGAUUGGAAGCCACGGCGUCCUGACAUGUUCAUUGAUCCUUUUGGUAUUGGGAGGAUUGUUCAGGAUGGUCUUGUUUUCCGUCAAAACUUCGCAAUUAGGUCUUAUGAGAUUGGCGCCGAUCGUACAGCAUCCAUAGAGACACUUAUGAACCAUUUGCAGGAAACUGCAAUUAAUCAUUGCAAAAGUGCUGGGCUGCUUGGAGAAGGUUUUGGUGCAACCCCUGAGAUGUGCAAGAAGAACCUAAUUUGGGUGGUUACUAGGAUGCAGGUUGUGUUUGAUCGGUAUCCUACUUGGGGUGAUGUUGUUCAAGUAGACACUUGGGUCAGUGCAUCGGGAAAGAAUGACAUGCGAAGAGAUUGGCUUGUCAGUGAUAGUAAAACUGGUGAAACUUUAACAAGGGUCACUAGUGUGUGGGUGAUGAUGAAUAAGGUGACUAGAAGGCUAUCUAAAAUUCCAGAAGAGGUCCGAGGAGAAAUAGAACCCUUUUUUAUGAAUUCUGGUCCUGUUGUGGCUGAAGAUAGCCGGAAGUUAGUGAAACUUGAUGAAAGCACAGCUGAAUACGUGCGUAAAGGUUUAACUCCUAGAUGGAGUGACUUGGAUGUCAACCAGCAUGUCAAUAAUGUGAAGUACAUUGGCUGGAUCCUCGAGAGUGCUCCAUUGGCAGUGUUGGAGAGUCAGGAGCUUUGUUCCAUGACACUGGAGUAUAGGAGGGAGUGUGGGAGGGACAGCGUGCUGCAGUCGCUAACAAACGUGUCAGAGUCUGGUGUGGGGAACUUGGCCAAUGUGGGUGAAGUAGAGUGCCAGCACUUGCUCCGACUGGAGGAAGGGUCGGAGAUUGUGAGAGGGAGGACCCAGUGGAGGCCCAAGUAUGGCAAUGUGGGUCAAAUGGAGGAGGGACACUAGUCUCAUUGCUGUGUGUCACAAUGAUUAAUGUAGAAAUCUAAUCGUGUGUUCUAUGGAUAUAUAUAGAUAUAAUAUGAUAUAUAUCUUUGGUUCGUGUUGAGAAAUAAAAAUAAAAUAUGUUGUAAUCUUCACUGU